GCGUCCUCCUAUCUCCGCUCCUGCUUUAGUAAACGUGGCCUUACGGACUCCAGUCGGCUCCAGCGGCCGUAGAUGAAUGAGCACCAGUCGGCUUCAGCCUCCAUCUCUGUACCACCGAACCAGUGUCCACCGCAUCCCCGCCCCCCACUGAAGCCCGUCCGUAGACCACCAUGUCCCAGGCUGACCCGGUCCCGGUCCCGGCCCCGGAGGCCCUCAACGCCUCCGACUCCAACGGCACGGAGGCUCUGAACGCAACGGCCAAGUUCGUGGCCACUCCGGAGGGCACGGCGCUGGCGUACGGCAGCCUGGUCUUCAUGGCGCUGCUGCCCAUCUUCUUCGGCGCUCUGCGCUCCGUCACCUGCUCCAAGUCCAAGGAGCUCGGGGAAAAUGAGUACGAUUCUGUGUUCAGAAAUGCAGCAGACAUGCCAGAAACCAUCACGAGCCGGGACGCCGCCCGCUUCCCCAUCAUCGCCAGCUGCACCCUGUUCGGCCUCUACCUCUUCUUCAAGAUGUUUUCUCAGGAGUACAUCAACCUGCUGUUGUCCGUUUACUUCUUUGUGCUGGGAGUCCUGGCUCUGUCUCACACCAUGAGUCCUUUCAUGUGCAGAAUGUUUCCGGAGUCUCUCCCAAACAAACAGUAUCAGCUGCUGUUCACACAAGGAGCAGGAGAAGCCAAGGAAGAAAUCUUGAACUAUGAGUUCGACACGAAGAACCUGGUGUGUCUGCUGAUCAGCAGCGUGGUCGGAGUCUGGUACCUGCUCAAGAAGCACUGGAUCGCCAACAACCUGUUCGGCCUGGCGUUCGCCCUGAACGGCGUGGAGCUGCUGCACCUCAACAACGUCAGUACCGGCUGCAUCCUGCUGGGGGGGCUGUUCAUCUACGACGUCUUCUGGGUAUUUGGGACCAAUGUCAUGGUGACGGUUGCGAAGUCAUUCGAAGCACCGAUCAAGCUGGUGUUUCCUCAGGACCUGCUGGAGAAAGGUCUGGGAGCCAGUAACUUCGCCAUGUUGGGUCUGGGAGACAUCGUCAUCCCGGGAAUCUUCAUCGCCCUGCUGCUGCGCUUCGACGUCAGCCUAAAGAAGAACAGUCGGACGUAUUUCUACGCCAGCUUCCUGGCCUACAUCUUCGGAUUGGGCCUCACCAUCUUCGUCAUGCACACCUUCAAACACGCUCAGCCCGCCCUGCUCUACCUGGUCCCGGCCUGCGUUGGAUUCCCCGUCAUCGUGGCGCUCAUCAAGGGCGAACUCACCGAGAUGUUCAGGUACGAGGAGACUUCUCCAGAGGACGCCAAGAAAGAGGAAUCGUCAGAACCAGAGAAGAAGGACCAAUAGCAUCCCUCUGGAAGCCCCUCCCCCUUCUUUCCAGCCUGCUGCCGCCACAUUUCACAGGAGCCCCGCCCCCCUCCCUCCCGCUCCCCUGCUUAUCGUUGGUCACCGGGGGAAACGGGGCUCACGUCUUCAUCGAGUUUGUGUGUAACUGUGGGAACACCGGUCUGUGCGUGCGUGUGUGCGUGUGUGUGUGUGCGUGCGUGCGUGCGUGCGUGCGAGUGAGUGUGUGUCUGCAGAAACUUGGGGAAUGCAGCUCGGCUCUGAUUGGUCAGCGUGAUGUUUUUCACUUUUGCACUUUGACCUGUGGGGGGAGGAGGGGGAGGGGGGAGUAAAGGGAGGAAGCGCAGGAGGAGUGCGGUGAGUAAAGGGAGGACUGAACCUCCUCUGACGGCUCGGUGUCAUUCUCACACCUGAUUGGUGGAGCAGAGGAGGAGGAUGUUUGCGAUCCUUUUAAGAGUUUUUUUUGUAUUUUGAUGUAAAAAGUUCAUCUCGCUGCGCUCCGUGAAGCUCCUCCCACUUUCAAAUGUAACCUUUUAUUUCCUCUGCUUGUAUCCGUGGAGGCGACUGUAUCUUAUUUUUGUUCGCAAAUUAAACUUUUUGGUGUUUGGAUCAGCGUGUAGCGACGCAUCA